AUGGUUUCUGAUGUGCUCUGUGUUACAGUGGUACAGGGUCUGAAUGACUUGGGAGUGACUUACACUUCUACUCACAUCUGUGCCUUAAAAGGAUCAACAGUGGACAUACACUGCACCUACAGUUACCCAUCCAGGAUAAAUAAUGUUGAUACUGCAGUUGAUGAAAUACUGUGGUUUACUAAAGAGAGUAAUAAUGAACCUGUGGAUCUGAAAACAGACUCAGAGUACACAGGUCGUGUGCAGUAUCACUGUGAUAAGAACGACUGCACUCUGAGAAUCGCAGACCUGAGAGAGAGCGAUUCAGCCCAGUAUCACUUCACAUUCAAAACAAGAAGCUUUGAAUGGAGGAGUAGUUUAUCUGGAACAACUCUGACUGUCAGAGAUCCAAAUCUACAAGUGCAGGUGGGCACGUCAACCAUCUUUCAGGAUUUUACCCGGGCAGAGCUAAAGUGUCACAGCAGCUGUCGUCUACCUGAUCGUUCUUCCUUCAUCUGGUACCAGAAUGGAGAGGAAAUUCAGAAUAAAACAUCUUCUACUUAUGAAGGGUACUUUUAUCCAACAGAGAGCUAUUCCUGUGCUGUACAAGGACAUGAAGAUUACCGCUCUCCUUCAGUGUAUGGUCCAAAGCUUCCCUCUGUGUCAGUGAGUCCCUCUGGUGAAAUCAUUGAGGGCAGUUCAGUGACUCUGACCUGUAGCAGUGAUGCUAACCCAGCAGCUAAAUACACCUGGUACAAGAAGAAUGUAAAUCCAGACCUUCAACCUCUCCGUAAAGAACCACAGCUUGUCAUCAGCUCCAUCCAGUCCUCUAACUCUGGAGAGUAUUACUGUACAGCUGAGAACCAGCUGGGGAAGAAGACAUCUGAAUACAUUAUUGAUAUGAAAUAUGCUCCAAAGCUUCCCUCUGUGUCAGUGAGUCCCUCUGCUGAGAUAGUGGAGGACAGUUCAUUGACUCUGACCUGUAGCAGUGAUGCUAACCCAGCAGCUAAAUACACCUGGUACAAGAAGAAUGUAAAUCCAGACCAUCAAACUCUCAAUGGGCCAAAGAUUCCCUCUGUGUCAGUGAUUCCCUCUACUGAGAUAGUGGAGGGCAGUUCAGUGAAUCUGACCUGUAGCAGUGAUGCUAACCCAGCAGCUAAUUACACCUGGUACAAGGACAACCAAACACUGCUUCCUGCACAAGAAGGAUAUUAUAAAUUCACUUCAAUCAGCUCUGAGGACAGAGGGAUGUACUACUGCAAGUCUGAGAAUCAGUAUGGACAGAUCACCUCAUUGUCUCUCUUCAUAGAUGUCCUGUAUGCUCCAAAGCUUCCCUCUGUGUCAGUGAGUCCCUCUGGUGAAAUCAUUGAGGGCAGUUCAGUGAAUCUGACCUGUAGCAGUGAUGCUAACCCAGCAGCUAAUUACACCUGGUACAAGGAGAAUGAAGACUCACCAAAAGCAUCAGGACAGAUCUUCACCAUCACUGAUGUCAGACCUGAACACAGUGGAAAUUAUUACUGUGAAGCCCAGAACAGAAGAGGACGUCAUAACUCCACCUUACAUCUAAUUGUUGUGAAAGGAACAGGAAAAUCAGUCGCUGCUGGAGUAACAGCUGCUGUUCUCCUGCUUGUCAUAAUCCUCUCUGUCUUCCUAUGGAUGAGGAAAAAGAGAGCCUCCAAUCAAUCGUCUGAGGCUGAGGAGAGACCAGACGACAAAGAGAGGACACAGCCAGCGGAGCAAGAUAACAUUCUGUACGCCAGCGUGGUCUUCUCCAACAACCAGGCAGAUCCUCUCUACUCCAACAUCGGUUCAGCUCAGCUCCACAGACACAUGGAGGAACAAGAGGUUACCGAGUACGCUGCUGUCAAAUUUAACAGAGCUGGUAAUGCCCCGAGAACCAGAGGUCAGCAAACCUGGGAAGAUCCAGCUGCACUGUACAGCACAGUCAACAAAACUUCAUGA